AUGGUGGACCCACAUACGGGAGGGCCCGAACCCCCUCCCACAAACACCGGAGAAAACCCCACCAGCUUCUCAGUCGAGGACUUCCAGCCUCGCGUACCGAUCGAGCCGCUUCCUGAGUCUCGCAAAAGAACACGGAGCGAUGGUGCCUUCACACCAGUGGAAAGUACAGGCCGGGUUACCACCAGGGAAGUGUGGAAGCUCAUCGACAGCCUGAAGUUAAUCAUCCACCACCAAACUGCACUCAUCGAAUCCACUAAGACCGAGAUCGAGGAGGUCAAACACGACCAGAAUGUCCUUCGUGACCAGAAUGAGAAGCUCUACGAGGAAAUCAGAGCUAUGCGAGCUCAAAUCGACGCACUCCCACCAGCACCUGCGUCCAGAACAUGGGCAACAGUUGCGGCCAGCAGCAACGUUGCCCCUCCUCAACAAACCGACUCGCGGCCAGACAGGGACCUGAACUGCUAA